ACUCGACAAAAGAUAACAUUUUGUAGACGGUUUACUAAGUAUUAAUGUUUGCGUGGCUUCCUGUAAGGUCUUUCUUCUGAAUCUCAAUUCGUUAGAUCUAGUCUAGCUAUUAGACGUUAGUAAGUGAUUAAAACAGAAAUGAUUCUUGUUAUACUUUGCGGUUUGCUUGCCACUGUCAGCGCUGGAUAUGACACGGCAUACAACAAAAAGUAUGACAGUUAUAAAGGUGGCCAGCAGGUCAACGGAGUCUAUGGUUCAAGCCAAUAUCAAAAUAACAACCAGGGAAACCUUUACAAAGGCGACUACGUCAGCAAAGUUGACUACGCUGGCAAGGCCGACUACGCCGGUAAAGUAGACUACGCCAGCAAAGUUGACUCCACAGGCAAAACCACCAACUCCCUUAAAGAUAAUACCGAUGACGACGUCUAUGAGGACACCUAUGCUUUUCUUGUCAAUGGCUAUAGUUCUACUAGCAAGGAGGACUACUCUAUUAAAAUAAGCGCCAGUUCCCCAGGUUACGGUAAAGAAAACAACAAUGCCAACGUCAACCAAGGUUACAACAAUGCCAACUACGGCAAAAAUAAUUACAAUGCUCCAUCCUCAGACUACUAUGGCCCAGAGUAUAACAAUAAUAAAAUAGGAUAUUUGGCAAGACCCAACUAUUAACAUUGACCUAAUGACAUAAAGAUGUCAUUUCAAGAUUCAAGACACUAUUUUGGUUUUGGGAGAUCUGAAUAUGAGUUAGAAAUACUACUAAAUGAUUAAUGACAACCAAA